GUUUUAAGUAAAAGUUCAGCUGAAAUGUGGUGGAGUUCAAGACUUGUGUCACAGGGGGAAAUGAAUGAUAGUCUAGAUGGUAUCCAUUCUAGUAAUGCAUCUUUGCGAUUAAGAGCUCAAAUUUUGUUAAACUUAUAUUGCAAUGAUCAUAUGAAUUUUAAUGAUGGUACCUGUUGCUCAAGUACUGAACCAUAUACUUCAUUACAGAGUUAUAUGUUGGUUUUUUUUAUCAUUUGUAUUUUCAUUGGAAUCCUAAUGGCAGUUAGAUAUCGACAAAAUAGGUUAUCUAAAAAUGAACCAAGCUAUGUAGUAAUGAUUUCUCUCGCAAAAUUGGGUCUUAUAAUGAUUUAUUUUUACUUAUGUGACAGAACUAAYUUUUUUAUGAAAGAAAAUAAAUAUUAUUCUGAUGCUAGUUUUUGGUUGCCUAUUGGUUAUGUAUUUGUUCUCGGCUUAUUUUUCACUGAAGAAAGUAGAUAUACAAAAGUACUUCAUCGAGAUCAAACUGACGAAUGGAAAGGUUGGAUGCAAUUAAUAAUUUUAAUAUAUAAUCUAACUGGAGCAAAUAUCAAAACAUCAAUUGCAAAUAAUGUUCAAAUAAUGAUAUCUGCAUAUCUAUUUCUUACGGGCUAUGGUCAUUUUUAUUACAUGUGGCAUAGAAGUGAUGCAGGACUUACUCGUUACUUUCAG